CGUGGCAGUGAGCUGUGGCGGCCAGCGGAGGCAGUGACACCAGUGGCGGGCCAUCACGACAGCAGUGGCGGCGGCAGUGGGCGGACCGCGGCGGGAGCCAAGACGGGAGGCGGAGGGGCGGCGCGGGUCGGACCACCGCACACACCAGUGCCGCAGAGGGUCGGAGUGCCGGCGCACCAGCGAGCUGGCCCCGCACCACGCUGGACCUGGAUCUGGGCCGCCGCGCCACCGCCAAGCACCCGCUGGAGUGGAACCGCAUCAACCGCACGGCCUUUCUGCUCACAGACGACACCUUCGACUCCAACGGCAACCACAUGCGGCGCGGCAGCCUGGGCGUCAUGGCCGGUGACCCCUAUGACGUGGAGAGCUUGAGGAAACGGCGCACCUCCGUGGAGGACUUCCUGGCCAAGGUGCCCCACGUGCGUGGUGAAAAAACGGCAAGAUUGUCAACCUCAGGGAGGAGGUCGCCGACAUGCUCAUGGGCCCCUCGCGCAAGAAUUCCCUCACCCUGGUACACACACCUGUCCUGGACGAGGCAGGUGAGAGCCAGGAAAGCAAUGAGACGGACACUCAGGACCAACACCACAUCACCACCGCCACCACCAUCACCACCACGGACACCCUCCAUGAAGUCACCGCCACCACCGCCGCCGCCGCUGCUGCUGUCGUCACCACCACCACCACUACCACACCUCACCACCAUCACCAUCACCACCACCACCAUGACCACGGUCCCACGAGAACUACCUUACGAAUUAAGGUUGAGAAUGGGAGCGAGACUUAUCUCAUCAAACUGAAGGCGUCUGAUACCCUGAACACGCUGCGCUCCUACCUGAAGUCCUACCGAGGCGACAACGAGGACUUUCUCAUCGUGAAGACGUAUCCGUACCAGGUGCUGGAGCAGGGCGAGGCCACAAUGGCAGAGUUGGGUCUCACACCAAACGCCGCGCUGCACCUCAAGGCAGCCUCUAGACAGUCUGCCGGGGACAGCCUCUCCCUGGGCGGCGGCGUAGCAGCCGUCACCUCCCUCAGCGCCUCAGGACCCGCCACGGUUCCCCCACAGCAGCACACAGCCCCGCCCCCCUCUUCCCCGACCCGCAGAAGAGUGCCCUCACCAGCCUUGCCUCAGAUCCCCCCCAACCUCCACCCUGACCUCCUGCCGCCGCCAGUGCCGCUCCUUUGCUUCCCUGACUCCCAUGAUGCCUCUGACAGGGAGUCCUAACGCACGUGAGGCUUCUUCAGGCCUUCCCCACCCUUCCAGGCCGUGCAGUGGCGGUGUCGCUGGUCGCAGGCCGCCAGCUGCCCCGACCCGCACCGCCUUGAGGGUGCAUCAGGAUGUGCUGCCUUGCCCGUAGCCUGUCUGUACGGCGAGGCACGUGUAGGCUUCUGUGUUAUAUAGGAAAGCAUAUCACACACACACACACACACACACACACAUGAAGGGAACACUGCUAAAGACGGGUGUCUGUAGUAAAUGUGUUACGGGACCAAGGAGAGAGAGGUUUGAAAUCGGCAAAUAGUGAGGCGAGCGAUCACACACACACACACACACACACACACACACACACAUGCGUGUUCUCAACUAUAUUUUGGUGUCAAAAUAUUUUUGCUGUGAGAAAUGGCAUGUCUGUCCUGCAGCCUGCCAGCAGGUCUGAAAUAUAUCAUUGUAUAUGAGGCCUGUGUCUUUUUCACCUACUACAUCCGCACAUUACUGAUUUAUCACCACAUUUGGAAACACUCCUGUGCCGCACCUCCACUGUCAGAAGGCUCUUCUUGAAGUUACGCAGAGUUCCAAGUGUUUUUUUUUUUUUUUUACGUUUCUGGUGACAAACAUGAUAACAAAAAAAAAAAAAAAUCAGAACACGGCUAAUUAUGUGGCCUUUGAAAAUAACUGGUGACAGAGCAGAGCCUUUCAGAAUAAUGUUUUUAGCAUCACUUCAGUUUUUUCCUGCCACUCCCUCCAUGUCACUGAAAAAGACUAGAACUGACAAUCAAUUUUAUUUAUUAACACACACACACACACAAGUGCACAUGUAAAAUAAUAUAGUGUUGAUAAUUAUAUAUUCCUGAUGCACACAUUAUCACAAGAAUUAAUUUGGUACACUAGAGCAGGGGUUCUCAAAGUGGGGGUCCCGACCCCCAGGGGGGGUCGCGAAAUAAUUUAUGGGGGUCGCGAUCGAGAUAGUGCAACGCCUCCUCCUCCUUCUCUUCCUCCCACUACCCAUCCUAACGAGUCUAGUACUUGUCAGUAGUGGUCGAUGUGCCCGAUGUUCGAUAAAACAUAAUACAGCUACGUUAUGUGUGCAUGCUUUCUUAUGCAUGCAUGUUUUCUUUGCUAUAUUAAGUACACCUUACUAAUAUAAUUGUUACCGCUUUGUAAUGCGUGCCCUCACUCCAGAACGCUUUGUUUUAGAAUUAUUCGUGUAGUUAGAGUUGACACAGACACUCGGUAGAGACGUGUAUUUUGUGAGGAGGCAGUCAGUAUCGGUUUCGUAAGGCUCGUGUAACUCUACUCUCGUGACAUCGUAAUCUUUAGCCUGAACCAUGGAAAGGUGGCUAAUUCGUAGAUCUACAAGCAAGGAGACAACAGACAUCACUGAAGCAUCUGGUGAUGCUAAUUCUGAGCAGCCAAGCACGUCAAGUGGGAAUAAAGACCAUGACUGUCAAAACGCAAGAUCAUACCAGUGUGAUCGACCAUCCAAGCGCCGAAAAUAUCAGGAAGAAUUCACACAAUAUGGAUUUACUUGUUGUACAGUUAAUGAUAUUCAUCAUCCUCAGUGUGUUGUUUUGAGGUUCUUGCUCACGAAAGCUUGAAACCAGCAAAAAUGAAAAGACACUUGCAAACCAAGCAUCCAGAUCAUGCUAAAAAAAAAAAAAACAGUAGACUUUUUCCAGCGAAAGGAAAAGGAUUUACAAGGGGCAAAAGCAGGUGAUAACACAGAGAACUACAACUCCUGCCAAAGCUCAGACGGCAUCAUAUGCGAUUGCAUACCAAAUUGCACAGAGGAAAGAGGCACACACAAUUGGUGAAGACAUAAAGCCUGCUGCAGUGGCAAUGUGUCGAGCUAUCCACGGAGAAAAAGCGGCCCGUGACCUUGACACCAUCCCUAUCAAACGACACCGUAAGGCGGCGUAUUCAUGACAUUGCAGAUGAUAUUCGGUGUCAACUGAUUAAGAGUGAAGAAUGUGAGGUAUGCUUUGCAGGUUGAUGAGGCGACGGGCAUCUCAAAUUCUGCUCAAUUACUUGUAUUCAUAAGAUAGUUUUGAUGGAAAACUUCAUGAAGACAUGCUGUUUUGCUCUACUUUAGAAGGAACAUGCACAGGGGUAUGCUAUUUUCAGAGUUAGCAAGCUACGUGAGAUGGGAUUGCCGUGGGACCAGUGUGUUGGUGUGUGCACAGACGGGGCUGGAGCAAUGCUGGGUAAAAAGAAAGGAUUAAGAGGAAAAAUCUUGCAGGUGGCUCCUAAUGUGAAUUUCACUCAUUGUAUUAUUAAUCGGGAAGCUCUUGCCAGUAAGGCUCUUGUUCCAGAGCUAAACUGUGUUCUUGAAACUGCAGUUAAAAUAGUCAAUUUCAUAGUCACGGCCACUGAACGCCAGAUUGUCUGCCAUACUUUGUAAGGACAUGGGUUCGGACUAUGAGGCUUUAUUGCUCCACACAGAGGUCAGGUGGCUCUCCCGAGGCAAAGUUCUCACACGCCUGUAUCAGAUGAGGGAUGAAGUUCGCCUCUCUACUUGAAUGUGACUCCAUACUCGGUGUUCAUUUGUGUGACUCCAUGUGGCUAGCAAGGCUUGCACAUCUUGCAAGCAUAUAUGAAAACUAAACGAGCUGAACUUGUCAAUACAAGGCCCAAAUACAAACAUUUUGACAAUGUAUGACAAAAUGCUUUCAAAAAGAAGCUGGAACGAUGGGCUGUGAGAUAUGAAGGGAAAUGUUGAAAUGUUUCCCUUGCUGGAAGAAUUCGUUGAAGAGAAUGAAUUACAAGGUUUGGAUAACACGAGAGGAGCCAUUGCCACUCACCUUCGAAGCCUCUUUGACCACUUUGCAAAGUACUUCAAGGAAGAGACAACUCUACAACAUUACUGGAUACGACAGCCGUUCUCUGCUAACGGGAGUCACCAUCAGAUUUGGAGGAUCCACUGCUUGAACUUUCGAGUGAUCGAACCUUACGGAUGAAGUUCGAGUCGACAACACUAGACAAGUUUUGGAUAUCAGUUGCAGAAUACCCAGGAUUAUCCAAGACCGCAAUGAAUGUAUCGACGCCUUUCGCAUCGACCUACCUUUGUGAAGUUACAUUUUCUGCACUAACAUACAUAAAAAAACAAGUACCGAUCACGACUUCGUGUCGAGGAUGAUCGUGUUGCGGUUUCAAGCAUCGCCCCAAGACUAGAGACUCUGUGCUCCAAGAAGCAAGUCCAUCCUUCCCAUUAGUAAUGGUAAGUUGUUCAGCCUUGAGAGAGAGAGAGAGAGAGAGAGAGAGAGAGAGAGAGAGAGAGAGAGAGAGAGAGAGAGAGAGAGAGAGAGAGAGAGAGAGAGAGAGAGAGAGAGAGAGAGAGAGAGAGAGAGAGAGAGAGAG